GGGCCAUGGCUGCACAGGAGCUUCGCUGGCUCACCUACCUGCUGACUGACCUUGGAGAGCCGCCUCGUUCUCCUCCAGUGCUGUACGUAGACAACAAGGCCAUGCUGGCCUUGUGUCGAGAGCAGCGUCUGGAGCACAGAACGAAGCAUAUUGCUCUUCGCUACUUCCUUGCUCGUGAGCUACAGCAGCGUGGACAGUUGCGGCUUGCGUACGUGGCCUCUGAGGCCAACACUGCUGAUGUGUUCACCAAGGCACUCGCGCCUUGUGACCAUCAGCGCUUCUGCACCCAGCUGGGCCCCUCGCGGCCCCUUCGCGGCCCCGUCGCCGCCCCUAUCGGCCCCGUCGAAGCCGCCAGCGGCCCCGUUGCCGACCCUAGUGGCCCCGUCGCCGCUCCUAUCGGCCCAGUCGCCGCCGCCAGCGGCCCCGUCGCCGACCCUAGCGGCCCCGUCGCCGCUCCUAUCGGCCGCGUCGCCGCCGCCAGCGGCCCCGUCGUCGCCGCCAGCGGCACUGUCGCCGCCACUUGCGGCCCCGGCCCCGCCUUGGCCAUGCCCGGUCGCCAGCCGCGGCGCACCGGGAGCACGUGCACCGCCCCCCCCCCCCCCUUUCCCGUCACCCGACAAAACUUGCCGUUGCCAUACCAGCGAGACUGCCAGUCACAAACUUGGGACCUAAAGAGACUGUAG